AUGACUAUUAACGGAUUGUGGGAUGAGGUCCGGAAGGUGCUACCUGGGGAAGACGUCCCGAUUGCGAAGCUCGUAGCAGAUUGCGUCCGCGAGAAAGGCCGCCCACUUCGUAUCGCAGUAGACACACCAUUUGCCGUCUUUCAGUAUAAGGAGGCUACAAAGAAAGUCGAGCCAUAUGGUUGGGGGAUGAAUCAUCCUACUCGGACACUGUUCUAUCACAUAUUGCAUCUCCUCUUCGCUGGUGCCCAACCUAUCUUCGUCUACGACGGGCCGGGGAAACCGCCUGUCAAGCGCGGCAGACAUGUGAACUACUCCGGAUCUCGACCGCCGAUAGACCCGCAGUACGCGGGGGCCAGGAGCUCGUCCUCCCGGACGCAGGCUGAGGUCGACGCAGAGUACAGCCCGGACCACAUCAAUAUGCUGUCUAAACAGAUGCUAGAUUUGUUAGGUGUACCGUGGCGGGAUGCACCAGGAGAAGCGGAAGCUGAAUGUGCUGAGCUGGAAAAGGCUGGUGUCGUUGACGCGGUCUUGACCAAAGACGGAGAUGCAUUUGCCUUUGGGAGCCGUAUCAUCCUCCAGAGGUUGGACGCGAAGAACCAGAUUGCAAUGGUCAGAAGGUACCAAAUGCCGGAGCGGCUUCAACCUCCGCUACGACAACAGGACCUGAUUUUGAUGGCGCUCAUGGCCGGAGGGGACUACGAUGGCACCGGAAUCGAAAAUUGCGGCCCCGAAAUCGCUGUCCAAGCAGGCCGAGCUGGCUACAGUGGCGAGCUUUUGGCGUUAUUCCGAGCCGGACGACCAACAGAGCCUUGGAGAGCAAAACUGGUCGCUGAGUUGCGUUCAAACGACAAGGGCAGGUUUUCUGUAACGAACAAGGUCUAA